AUGGAAACGAAAACUGAAAGCAAAGAACAACAACAACAAUGGAAGAAUCCGAGUUCUUUAUCUUCAUCUUCAAGAUCUUCAUCAAUAACAUCUGAUGAAUCAGAUGGACAUUUUGAUAUCAGACAUUUUCCUCUUCCCAAGCCACCAUUGUCUGCUUCUGAGGCACAGAAACAGAGAGAGGCACAUCAGGCUUAUAGUUCCUCCGUGAGCUCUUAUACAAGUUCUUCAUGGUCCUCGGUUCACCAGAACCACAUUGCUGAUUUACCCGGUUACGAUCCAAACCGGAUUCCAUCUUCGGUUUUCUCUAAUAAAGCCGGUAAUUCUGCGGAAUGGAGUAUCGCUUCUAAUGAAUCCUUGUUUAGCAUCCAUGAUGUGAAUUUCACCAUUUCAACUACAACGGUUAGAUUGGGUGAGAUACCGAGAUUUGAAGAAACGGUUCGUGAGAUAACCGAAAUCAAACCGGUUCCUCUUCCUUUGAUUGAUACUAAACCAAAAGAAUCUGAGAAAGAGAAGAAACCAGACCAAGAGGAAAAAUCACACUCUGAGAUUGAUGAUAAAAUAAUCGAAGAACUGAUGACUGAGCUCGAGAGCGACGAUGAACAUGAAAAAGAAAAAGAUAUGAUCGAAGCUAGGGUUUUAGUUGAAGUUAAAACAGAGAAACAAGAAGAGAAGGAAAUAGUUGAAUAUGUGAAGGAGAAUAAACAAGAAGAUUCGCACGGUAUACUAUCACAUUCCCCGAGCAUUUCUUUUCGUUCGGACACGAGCAAUAACAGCAUUAGCUCUUUCGCAUUCCCAGUAUUGAAAGAAGAUGGAAGUGCCAAAUCGCCGGUUAUGGAAAUCAGUGGGAAAGUUUCGCAAAAGCGAAGACCAGAGUAUCUACUGCCUCAAUCGCCGAAACAACCGCCGCGACCGCAAACGCAGUUUUAUCAAGAAUCAGGUCCGCAGCCAGAAUUACAACCACAACGUAAGGCAUCGAAACAAUUUGAGUCUCGAACGAAAUCGCCAAAACAUCCCAGAAACGGUUUGCUUUCUUGCUUCCAGUGUCCUUCAAAAUGCGGUUUAUUCAAGUAA